AUGGAUCCUUCUCUGUAUGAGGCGGCAACAUCAGGUGAUGUUGGUUUCUUGAGACAAAUAAUUAGAGAUGGUGGUGUAUCAAUUGAUCUUCUCCAUCAGAAAACGCCUAAAGACAACAAUAUUCUUCAUAUUUCCGCUGAAUUCAAGCAAAUAGAUUUCUUCGAAAAUGUCAAUCCAAAUCAAUUUGGUCAGCUGUUUUGGGCCACCAACAAGAAGGGUGACACUCCAUUGCACGUUGCUGCCAAAGUAGGAUGUGUUGAAGUAGUUGAGUUCCUCAUUGAACAUGCAAGGAAAAUGCAUCAUCACAUGGAAAAAGGUGACGAGGAGAGCGGACCAGCUGAUAGUGAAUCUCAAAACAAGUUACUCCGAGUGAAAAACUCGGAUAAUGACACAACGUUGCAUCUUGCUGUUAGAUACAAUCACGAUGAAGUUGUGAUUCGGUUAAUGGAAGCUGAUCCUCAAUUGUGUUGUUUCACUAAUAACGCGAAUGAGUCGCCCUUGUCCCUAGCUGUUAGAAAAGGCACUCCAAGCAUUGUUCAUUGUAUUCUGAAGGCGUACGAGUCUGGCAUUUCUCCUUCUUUUCAGGGGACAAACGGAUUGACAGCUUUGCAUGCUGCAGUGACUCAAGAACAACUCAAAGACAAAGGCGUUGUCGAGAUUCUGGUGUCCAAAAACAGUGACCUAAUCAAAGAAGUUGAUGCUAUUGGAUGGACUCCCUUGCACUACGCAGCAUUCACAGGGAACAUUGAAGCUACUCAACUACUGAUGGAAUCUGACAGUUCUGCUUCUUAUAUCCUGGACUUAUCAAAAAUGUCAGCUCUCCAUGUUGCAGCUUAUGCAGGCCACACCGAAGUGAUGAAAGAGUUAAUUCGAUAUCAACCUGAUACUUGCGAUUUGCUUAAUUCAAAAGGCCAAACGGCUCUUCAUUCUGCAGUUUUAGGUGGACAAAGAGAUGUGGUUGAGUACAUAUGA